AUAUAUUACAGAAAAACACUCUCUUAAACCAAAUGUCACUUACUUUGAUCGAAGCCAGCAAGCAAGUUAAUCGUUCCGAUUUGUUAACGUUGAAUUAAACAAAACGAAUUUAUUUGUAAGCCAUUGUUAGUGCAUUAAGUGUUAAAUUUAAAGUACAGAAAUAUGCCGAAAAUUCGUCGCAGUCGAAAGAAGCCGCCAGAUGGUUGGGAAUUGAUUGAACCCACAUUGGAAGAAUUGGAACAGAAAAUGCGAGAAGCUGAGACUGAUCCGCAUGAGGGAAAACGUAUAAAUGAAUCAUUGUGGCCAAUUUUCAAAGUGCAUCAUCAGAAAUCGCGAUACAUUUACGAUCUGUUCUAUCGGCGAAAGGCGAUUAGUCGCGAAUUGUAUGAUUAUUGUAUUGCGGAGAAAAUAGCCGACGCCAAUUUAAUAGCAAAAUGGAAGAAAUCUGGUUACGAAAACUUAUGCUGUUUAAGAUGCAUUCAAACAAGAGAUACAAAUUUCGGUACAAAUUGCAUAUGUCGUGUACCCAAGUCCAAACUUGAGGAAGGUCGUAUUGUCGAAUGUGUGCACUGUGGAUGCCGUGGAUGCUCCGGAUAAUUAGCAACAAUCAUAAUCUACGUAUCAUUCUUUAAUUUCCUAACCUGUUCAUGGACAAGACUUGAAAAAAAACCGAUUAUGUUAGAUGAUAAGUUUCUCACUUUUUCUGUGAGAUUACUACUACUAUUUUAAUAUUCACAAAAACAAUAAUCUGACAUGAGUCCAUUCUAUGAAACUCCAGUUUUAAUGAACAUUUUUUUUAAAUACCGAAUAAAGAGUAAACAAAUUAUAUGAAAAAUA